CGCGUUUCCCUUUUUCCAGGCGCAGAGGAAGGGCUGAGCCAGCAGCGCCAGCCCGGCCUUCCUUAUCCGGGAGAUUCCAGAGGGGUGGGAAAGGACUUUGGGAUAUUCCAUCCCAUCCCUGCAGCAUUUCCAUUUCCCCAUUCCCAGAAUCCAUGGGCACCCAUCCAUUAAUCCCUCACUUUCCCCAUUCCCAAUAUCCAUGGGCACCCAUCCAUCAAUCCCUCUCUUCCCGCAUUCCCAGAUUCCAUGGCUGCCCAUCCAUUAAUCCCUCUCUUCCCCCAUUCCCAGAAUCCAUGGGCACCCAUCCAUCAAUCUCUCACUUCCCCCAUUCCCAGAUUCCAUGGGCACCCAUCCAUCAAUCCCUCACUUCCCCCAUUCCCAGCCAUCCGCGGGUGCCCAUCCAUUAACCCCCUGCCUUUCCCGUUCCCAGGAGGCCGGAGCAGCAGGAUGCCGUUCUCCUGACCCCGAUCCCGGCAGGAUGUCGGGCCCACGCGGCCCCGGCGAGCAGUGGCCGGCGCUGGAGUCGGUGGGGCUGAGCCGCAAGGAGCUGGCGCUGGCCGAGGCGCUGCAGAUGGAAUACGACGCCUUAUCCCGGCUCCGCCAGGACAAGGAGGAGAGCCGGGCCAGGAAGGAGCAGCUCCGGGAGCAUUCCCUCAUCUCCUGGGAUGACCCCGUGGACAGGAACGGCUGCGCCGGCAUCAAAGCGGCGCGGGGGCUCUCGGGGACUUCCAGGGACACCGCGGUGCCAGCAGCAAAGGCGUCUUGGAGCCCUGAGCCCAUCCCUGGAGCCCUGAGCCCAUUCCUGGCAUCCCGAGCCCAUUCCCAUCCUCUCUGCUGCAGGAUCUGCUUCCCGGUCCAGGUGAACCGGCUGCCCCGGGAGACCCUGCUCAGUGUCACCCUCUUCGCCGUGCCCGUGCCACCCCCGGGCGGCUCCUCCGACGCCAACAAGCAGCGGCGGGUCCCCGAGGCCCUGGGCUGGGUCACCACCCCCCUCUUCAACUUCAGGCAGGUCCUGACCUGCGGGCGGAAGCUCCUGGGCUUGUGGCCGGCGACUCAGGACAACUCCAGGGCCAGGUCGAGCGCCCCAAACUUCAACCAGCCCGACAGUGUCAUCCUGCAGAUCGACUUCCCCACCUCAGCCUUCGAGGUGAAGUUCACCAACCCGCCCGCGGCCGAGUUCAGCCCCAGGUACGAGUUCGGCAGCCUGGGGGAGGAGGACCAGCGCCAGCUACGGGAGGCCAUGCAGAAAAAAUCACUUUAUUGGCUGACGGACGCGGACCGGCAGCGGCUGUGGGAGAAGCGCUGCCACUGCCACGCGUCCCCCGGCGCCCUGCCCAUGCUGCUGGCCAGUGCCCCCAGCUGGGACUGGGGCUGCCUGCCCGACAUCUACGCCCUGCUCAGCCACUGGACCUCCAUGAGCCACCAGGACGCCCUGGGGCUGCUGCACGCCACGUUCCCGGACCAGGAGGUGAGGAGGACGGCCGUGCAGUGGAUUGACUCCAUCUCGGACACGGAGCUGCUGGAUUACCUGCCCCAGCUGGUCCAGGCCCUGAAGUACGAGUGCUACCUGGACAGCCCCCUGGUGCGCUUCCUCAUGAAGAGAGCCAUUUGUGACCUGAAGAUCACCCACUACUUCUUCUGGCUGCUGAAGGACGGCCUCAAGGACUCGCAGUUCAGCAUCCGGUACCAGUACCUGCUGGCAGCGCUGCUGUGCUGCUGCGGGAAGGGGCUGCGGGAGGAGUUUGACCGGCAGUGCCUGUUGGUCAGCACGCUGGCCAGGCUGGCGCAGCAGGUCCGGGACGCCGCCCCAUCCGCCCGCCAGGUGGGUACCGGGAGGGGGGCAGGGGGUGCUGGGUGUCAGCCCCGUGACUGCUCCUACUUCAACUCCAACGCCGUCCCAUUGAAGCUCUCCUUCCAGAACGUGGAUCCGCUCGGGGAGAACAUCCGCGUCAUCUUCAAGUGUGGCGAUGACCUGCGGCAGGACAUGCUGACGCUGCAGAUGAUCCGCAUCAUGAACAAGAUCUGGGUGCAGGAGGGGCUGGACAUGCGCAUGGUCAUCUUCCGCUGCUUCUCCACCGGCCGCGGGAGAGGCAUGGUGGAGAUGAUCCCCAACGCCGAGACCCUGCGGAAGAUCCAGGUGGAGCACGGCGUGACCGGCUCCUUCAAGGACCGGCCGCUGGCAGACUGGCUGCAGAAACACAACCCCAAAGAGGAUGAGUAUGAGAAGGCCGUGGAAAACUUCAUCUACUCCUGCGCCGGCUGCUGCGUGGCCACCUACGUGCUGGGCAUCUGUGACAGGCACAACGACAACAUCAUGCUCAAGACCACGGGCCACAUGUUCCACAUCGAUUUCGGCAGGUUCCUGGGCCACGCCCAGAUGUUCGGCAACAUCAAGAGGGACCGGGCGCCAUUCGUCUUCACCUCGGACAUGGCGUACGUCAUCAACGGCGGGGACAAGCCCUCCAGCCGCUUCCACGACUUCGUGGACCUCUGCUGCCAGGCCUACAACCUGAUCCGCAAGCACACCCACCUCUUCCUCAACCUGCUGGGGCUGAUGCUGUCCUGUGGCAUCCCCGAGCUCUCCGACCUGGAGGACCUCAAGUACGUCUACGACGCGCUGAGGCCGCAGGACUCCGAUGCCGAUGCCACCACCUACUUCACCAGGUUGAUCGAGUCCAGCCUGGGCAGCGUGGCCACCAAGCUCAACUUCUUCAUCCACAACCUGGCGCAGAUGAAGUUCACGGCCUCGGACGCCCGGCCCACGCUGUCCUUCGCCCCCCGCACGCACACCCUCAAAACGUCCGGCCGGAUCCGCGACGUCUUCCUCUGCCGCCACGAGAGGGUCUUCAACCCCAGCAAGGGCUACACCUACGUGGUGAAGGUGCAGAGGGACAACCCGAGCGAGGUGACCUUCGUGCAGCGCACCUUCGAGGAGUUCCAGGAGCUGCACAACAAACUGCGCCUCCUCUUCCCCUCCUCGCUGCUGCCCAGGUACUCCUGA